GCCCCGCGCAAGCGCAGGGUGCACGGACCGCCAGGAGGUCAAGCGUCACCGGCGGUCCGGGCUAUAUCUAGGCUGGGUCAGUUGUUCGCUUGGACACGCGGGAGCCAUGGCGUUGCGCGGUAUCUCGGUGCUAGAGCUGGCCGGCCUGGGCCCAGGCCCGUACUGUGGUAUGGUCCUGGCGGACUUCGGGGCGCACGUGGUGCGUGUUGACCGACUGGGCGACCUCCGGGACUUGGGCGUCUUGGCCCGGGCCAAGCGCUCGCUGGCGGUGGACCUGAAGCGGCCGCAGGGGGCGGCUGUGCUGCGGCGCCUGUGCGCCCGUACGGAUGUGGUGCUGGAGCCCUUCCGCCCCGGUGUCAUGGAAAAACUCCAGCUAGGCCCAGAGAUUCUGCAGAAGGAGAAUCCAAAGCUUAUCUAUGCCAGGUUGAGUGGAUUUGGCCAGUCUGGAAGAUUCUCUAGAGUAGCAGGCCAUGACAUCAACUAUUUGGCUUUGUCAGGUGUUCUGUCGAAAAUUGGCAGAAAUGGUGAGAAUCCAUUUCCACCGCUGAAUCUCCUGGCUGACUUUGGCGGCGGUGGCCUCAUGUGCACACUGGGCAUCUUGAUGGCUCUGUUUGAACGCACACGCUCUGGCAAAGGUCAAGUCAUCGAUGCAAACAUGGUGGAAGGAACAGCAUACCUGAGUUCUUUUCUGUGGAAAACUCAACAAAUAGGACUGUGGGAUCAGCCUCAAGGACAGAACUUACUAGAUGGUGGAGCACCUUUCUACACAACUUACAAGACGGCAGAUGGGGGGUUCAUGGCUGUUGGAGCAUUAGAGCCCCAGUUCUACAAGCUGCUGAUUGAAGCAGUGUUCCAAGAGGGUAAUGAGUCAAACAUCACUAUUCUACUAGAGCUCUUUUAUUUGACCAAAAUAAAGAGAGGACUCGGGCUAAGGCAUGAUGAGCUUCCUCCUCAGAUGAGCAUGAGUGACUGGCCAGAAAUGAAGAAGAGAUUCGCGGAUGUGUUUGCCAGGAAGACAAAGGCAGAGUGGUGUCAGAUCUUCGAUGGCACAGAUGCGUGCGUGACUCCAGUUCUGACAUUUGAAGAGGUUGCCCACCAUGAUCAUAACAAAGAACGGGGCUCGUUCAUCACUGAUGAGCAGGGUGUGAGUCCCCGCCCUGCACCUCUGCUGUCGGACACCCCAGCUGUCCCUUCUUCCCAAAGGGACCCUUAUGUAGGAGAACAUACUGAAGAGAUACUUAGAGAAUUUGGCUUCAGCCAGGUAGAGAUCAAUCAGCUUGCCUCAGAUAAAGUUAUCGAAAGUCAUAAGCCAAGAGCUAAUCUCUAAGUUCCAGGCCUCCUAGCUCAAGUGAAUUGGAAUAUUGCAUGUUCCGUAUAGAAUAAUACAGAAAAUUCUAAGUAGGGAAACAUGGAGGAAUAGUAUCACAGUGGACCAGCUGUUCUGAUCAAGAAACAAAGACUGAUGACACAGUAAUGAUUGAAUUCUGUAAAUGAUUAACAUCAUGGCUUUUGAUUGAGGAAUGUUUUUAGUUCACCAAUAUUAAAUUGUGACAGUUUUUCUGCCUU